AUAGAAGUCAAUGAUAUCGGCAGUAUUUUAAAUUUAAGCCUUUUAGUGAUAUGUUUACUGGCUCCCAAGCCACCGCCAAAUGGGUAGUGAACUGAAUGUGACGACAAGCGAAACCAGGAGUGCAGGCUGCAUGCUCACACAUACCCUGUACCAGUAAUGCCGGGGCCCAGUUUUGUAAAAGCUGGAGCCUGUAUCAUCAUCACUUCAUUUUUCACAUCAUUAUUAUCUUUAUGAGUUGGACGGGAGGGUGGUUCAGCUGGACGCGUCAGUCCGACACGAUGCUACGAAACAUUGAGAAGAGGAUAUUGUCAUGCCUGAAGACAGCAUACAAGCGGUUCUACGUGGACAUCGGGUCCGUAGUGGGUCAAAGCGACAGAAUAUGGACCAUUUCCUUGAACGACGAGGCGCCAGCGACGCCUCUAGUGAUGUUGCACGGGAUGGGGGCUGGGGUUGCGCUGUGGUGUCCUAAUCUUGACGUCCUGGCUGCCAACAGACCGGUGUACGCCAUCGACUUGCUGGGUUUCGGCCGCAGCUCUCGCCCCAAGUUCGCAACAGACGCAGAAAAGGUGGAGGCGCAGUGGGUGGAAUCCGUCGAGGAGUGGCGCCGGGAGGUCAACAUCAGGCAGUUCAUCCUGCUGGGCCACAGUCUCGGCGGGUACAUCGCCACGGCGUACGCGCUCAAGUACCCUGAGAGAGUCCAACACCUCAUCCUAGCCGACCCCUGGGGCUUCACCGAGAAGCCCGCGAACAUCCACGAAAAGUACCAGAUCCCACUGUGGGUGCGCGCCGUCGCCACCGCCGUGUCCCCUCUCAACCCCCUGUGGGCAGUCCGCGUUGCCGGCCCGGCCGGGAAGUGGCUGAUCAGCAAGACGAGACCAGACUUAUCUAGGAAGUACUUGAACUAUCUGCCGGAUGCGGAGACGGUUAUACCGGAUUAUAUACAUCAGUGCAACGCACAGACUCCUAGCGGCGAAAGUGCGUUUCACACACUAAUGCACGGCUUCGGCUGGGCCAAGAACCCGAUGGUCAAACGAGUGUCGAAACUGGACGCCAACCUCCCUGUUACUGUCUUGUAUGGCAGUCGGUCCUGGGUGGACAAUAGUACGGGGCAGAUGCUGGCUGAACAGCGGCAGAGUCCUCAAAAUACAUACGUACAGGUGAUAAACGGCGCCGGGCACCACGUGUACCUAGACAAGCCCGAGCUCUUCAACAAGUACGUGCUCGAGGCGUGCGCGCGCACCGACGGCCCCAACCCCGCCCGCCUCGCCAUCGAACCCGCGAGACCCGAACCCGAGCCGAGACCCGAGCCGAACCCCGACCGAGCGGGCGACGAGCGAACACCGAACAACACGGCUUCUUGAUCCUAGCCGUAUCUCUAUUGCUGAGCACGGAGCAAGUUUCAAGGUUGUUUGCUUUAUUGAAGCCUGAUUACCGUGACUGUACAUGAGCUGGCACGGAUGGAAUGAGUGAAUGAAAAUCAUAUUAAUACGGUCAAACUUUGUCACUAGAAAAAGGCGCGAAAUUCAAAUUUUCUAUAGAAUAAUAAACAUUCGCGUCAACAUUUUUUAAAUUUGCCGCUUUUUUCUAAUGACGAAAACUGCUUGACAGACUAUACUAUGUUAGUAGUACCCCAUUGACCAAUAAAAUGGUGUUUUUGACUGUAUAUGACUCAUACAAAGAAAGUUUCGUUCAUUCUAUUCGUGCCAGCUAUCGUGAAUCAACUAAACUACAUAGUUUAAAUAUACUAAAUGCAGUAACUUCUAGGCAUUAACUGGCAAUUGAAACACGGUAGUCAGGCUCAAAUCGGGUGCUGAAAAUACUGUAAUUUUGAAGUUUUCGUCCAAGUAGGCCUAUGAGUCAGUCGUGCUUUAAGAUUUGUAACUAUUCUGCCGUAUCGAGCGUAAAUGUUACAAUUUGAGAUAUUACUAAGGCUGUCAUAAGUAUUAGAAAAUUCAUGCUCAGACUUUAAGGUUUUUUAAUGUAAUAAGUCUUUAAAUAAUGCUGUAGCAUUAGUAAGUAUCUAUUGCUUGAAAAUUAUGUGUCUUGAUUGUCACGAAUUAAUAAUUUAAAUACUAAAAUAAUGUAGUUAUUGACUACGGGGCCAUGGUCGCUAACUUUUCUUUAUCAGACGAAGCUACAGGCGCUACAGCACGCAGUGAGAUAGGCACUCUUCGCUGGACUAGGCGCGCUAGAAUAUAAAUAGAUAUAUUAUUUAUUUUUAGAAAUAGGGAAUAGAUAGAUUAAUUUAUUAGACGUUUUAUGCCUAUAUAACAUCCUUAGGAACAGUUGCAACUUGCAACCAUGAUUUACAGCUCAGCGUACUUCUGCAAAUGCAAUAUGAAACUUUCCAUAGAAUAAAAUAAACGAACGCUUCUCUUUGACCACAAAACGCGUCGCAUAAGAUAGGCGUGUUAUCCAAAUGGUUAUAAUAUAUUAGGCAGUUUGGUGCAUCGACCUAGCCAAUCUUUCGUCAAAAACUUGAUACUUUAGAGCUUUUUCACAUUAUACGAUCCGAUAUCGGAUGUAGGAAGGAUGUCAAAGGCCUAGAACAUGGCACAUUUAAUAUACAUGUACGAUAUCGAUCCGAUACCGGAUCGGAUAAUGUGAAAAGGUAAUCACGAACUACGACAACACGUCGGGAAUUCAAUGUAAUAUAAACUUUGAUUCUUAGAUAAUAUAAUAGUGUUCUUUACCAAUACUAGGUAUUAUGUAUUUCAAUACCUUGCAUACGUGUUGCUAGCUCUUCUUGACCAAAUACUAGCAUAAUUAAAUAAGAGUACGUAAGUUGCCUUUCUUUAAAAACCUGCAAAAACUUAAUAUUAUCUCUUUAUUAGAACUUUCACAUAAUAUUAAGGUAACAGUUUAUUUAGACGUAAAGUAAUUGUUUACUGGACUCACUGGAGUGUUUAUACGCAAUUUUAAUGUUAUUUUAUUAAAUUGUAUACGAAAACACAAACAACACUGCCGGUCUAAAAGUACAUCUUAAAAUUCACAAAAUUAUGUGUAUAUGAAAUUGUUGAUUUAAAAACUAAAAAAAAGUAAGUGUUGUUGUAUUACACUUAUACGAGUACGCACCCACCUCCCUAGCGCAAGAGAUAAAUUAACAAUUAGAAUAAGUGUGUUUUUGAACCAUCAUGUAAAGUAAUAAGUACUAAAUUUGUUAGUUUUGAGUUGUUAUGUUAAAAUAUUUCACUAAUAUUUUAAUAAUAAAAUAUAAAUAAGAGUUAUUUUUUCCCCGCGUACAUUAUAGACAUAGGACCGUCAGUUUCUCACGUAAGGGUCACGGCCUUAUUCCAAAGUUAUGAUAUUGACAAUUUAGAGUUGGACAGUAAAUGUUAAUUACUAUUCGUAACCUGUGCAUAUGUUAAUGAGUAAUCCCAUGUAUUCGCCUUUCUCUAAAUUGCAAGUUUACAACUAUACACGUAACUCAGGUUCUCCAUAUUUAGGGUAGUGCCAUAUAACAUUGUUGUUAUCCAAGUUCCAAGUCCGCUCAUAUGAACUAUACUUUCCAUGUAUGUUUUUAUCCUUGGAAUAAUUUGUACCCUUAUCCGUUUAAUACAUUCAGUGCCAUCGCGUAGUUACCGGCAAUAAUAUCCCAUAAAAGGUAGGCCGCGAAAAUAUCGAACAUAAUCGUAUUUGUAGAUCCAUAAGUGCUCAUAUAUUUAUGCAGUCUUCUUUUUGUACGUUAUUAUUGCCGGCGACUGUAUUAAACUCUAGGAGCGUAACAUGAAGAAAUUAUUAUGUAGCGCAAACAGAGAACCCGAUAUCGGGUCAUUGGCACUGAAUGUGUUAACAUCUGUAGCCAUUCCAAAUAGCCCUACUUUAAUACAUAUAAAUAUAAUGUAAAGCUUUAAACGAAUUGUGCAAUCUUUUGACAGUACAUAUAGUCGCUCAAAAAUUGGUCGGGGAAAGUAUAGCAAUUGUUUAUUGGCAAUGUGCGUGGAGUGGCGCUGAUUGCCACAAAUACACGUAAUCUUAUGAGUUAUAAGCGUGUCUAACUUUAAUGCUAACGGCGGUCGUUGGAACUAAUUUGACUGCAUAAGAUUUAAGCUAGGAACAUAUUACGCGGAGGACGUCCGCCGUCGCGCGACCGCGGACGCGGAUCUAGACAAUGAAUAUACCCUUAACCGUGCAAAACUAUCGGUCGUCGGUCGUGACCUUGAGCGCACGGACGUCCGAUCGAAAUCUGGCUCGCUGAUUUGGUCAGCCGAAGCCACGUCCCCAAGACGUCCGCGUAGAAUGUUCCUAGCUAUAACAUAGAAAAGCCUACAAAGUGAUGGCAGCAAUCGCGCAACUAGAAUAGAAAUUGCUCUGUAACGAAAUUGAAAGUUUUUAGUACUUUCGAUAGUUCUCCCUGACCAACAUCUUUUUUGGAUGUUCGAUUGACACUGACUUUGUUCUAGCGGGAUGCACAAGUAUUGUACUUUUGACAAUGUUUUUAUUAGAGCAAAUGUAUGUUGAAUUGUGUUUGUUAUUUGUCCGCAAGCUUUUGAUACGCGGUUAGAUUUUAUGUAAAUAAAGAUUAUUUAUUAAAAA